AUGAACGAUUCUUGGUCUCCGAUAGCCAGAGUUUACGAUCCUUUAAAAGCCGGCAGCAUCGAUGGGACGGAUACGGAACCUCACGAUCACGGAGUGGUCAGAGCCAUGGAGGUUGAAUACAGACCUUACGAUUGUGUUACAAAUGAUCCAAAAUUAACAAUCUUUGUAGCCAGACUAAAUCCUCAGACGACCGAAGAAACAAUUAAAAAAUUUUUCUCGACGUUUGGCAAGAUCAAGAGGUGUCACUUGAUAAGAGACAUUGUGACGGGUUUUUCUAAAAGAUAUGCUUUUGUGGAGUAUAAAGACAGAAUAAGUGCAUUAGAAGCUCACAGAAGAGCUUACAGGGCAGAAUUGGACGGAAAUAGCAUAUUUGUCGAUUUCGAAUGUUCGAGAACGCUUCCCGGAUGGGUACCGAGGCGGCUCGAUUAUAUUAUAAUAGGAGGGGGAUUUGGCGGAAAGAAGGAAUCCGGCCAACUGAGGUUCGGAGGGAGAGAUCGUCCCUUCAAGAAGCCGAUUCUGUUGACUCCGAAGAAUGCUCAUGAACACAAAAGAGACAAUCCCGAGUCGACCCGGGACAGAGAGGGAGUCGGCUUCCGUGGCUCGUACAACGAUAGAAGUGGCAAAAGGGAGGGAAGCAGCUCUUAUGACAGAUACGAAGAGAGAAGCGGCGGGAGGAAAAGGAAACACAAAAAACAUCUUAGCAGAUCCAGAUCCAGAUCGAGAUCCAGAUCAAGAGAAAGAAAAAGAGAUAAGCAUAAGAAGAAACGAAGAUGA